CGCCCCUUCCGCCCCGCGCCCCGGCGGAUGUGACGCCGCUGUCAGCGGCACCGGGGUUCCGGCGGCGGCGGCGGCUCAUGCCCGCCCGCCUGUCUGAUGCCGCACUGGAGGCGGGGAGCGCCGCUAUGGAGUGCGGGCAUGGAGGCCACGCUCUGCAUCCACACGUGCCUUUGGCUGAGCGCUGCCUGGAUCCCCCUGGCCUCGCCGGCUGGACCGGCCUGCGGCGGACAGCGUGCUCCGGACACUGAGGGCCGCCACGGGAAGCUGACGUGGGCGGUCAGCUUGGAUGCACCCGAGGAGGAGCUGGAGCAGCGGGCAGAGGAGCUGGCCCAGACUGCGGGGCUGGUGAACAUGGGCCGUGUCGGGGAGCUCAAGGGCCAUUACCUCUUUGCCUACCAGCCCGAUGGCCACGCGGCCACUGAACACGAAGCAAUAAGGAGGUCGGUGGACACUUUGUUUGCACAGCACGACAGCGUGCGGUGGCACUCGGAACAGAAGCUUCUGAAGCGCUCCAAGCGCAGCCUGCACUUUAACGAUCCCAAAUAUCCCCAGCAGUGGCAUCUGAACAACCGCAAGAGCCCCGGGAAGGACAUCAACGUCACGGGCGUGUGGGAGCGGAACGUGACGGGGCGCGGGGUGACGGUGGUGGUGGUGGAUGACGGCGUGGAGCACACCAUCAAGGACAUCCAGCCAAACUACAGCCCAGAAGGCAGCUAUGACUUGAACUCCAACGACCCUGACCCCAUGCCUCACCCCGACGAGGAGAACGGGAACCACCACGGCACCCGCUGCGCCGGGGAGAUCGCGGCCGUGCCAAACAACAGCUUCUGCACGGUGGGAGUCGCCUACGGGAGCCGCAUCGCGGGCAUCCGAGUGCUGGACGGGCCCCUCACGGACAGCAUGGAGGCCAUCGCCUUCAACAAGCACUAUCAGAUCAAUGACAUCUACAGCUGCAGCUGGGGUCCCGAUGACGAUGGGAAGACUGUGGAUGGCCCCCAUCAACUGGGAAAGGCUGCCCUGCAGCACGGGGUGAUCGCCGGUCGCCGGGGCUUCGGGAGCAUCUUUGUGGUGGCCAGCGGCAACGGGGGCCAGCACAGUGACAACUGCAACUACGAUGGAUACGCCAACUCCAUCUACACUGUCACCAUAGGAGCCGUGGAUGAGACGGGCUCCAUGCCCUUCUAUGCCGAGGAAUGUGCCUCCAUGCUGGCCGUGACCUUCAGCGGCGGGGACAAGAUGAUGAGGAGCAUCGUGACGACAGACUGGGACCUGCAGAAGGGCACGGGCUGCACGGAGGGUCACACGGGGACGUCGGCUGCCGCUCCCCUGGCCGCGGGAAUGAUCGCGCUGAUGCUGCAGGUGCGGCCGUGCCUCACCUGGCGCGACGUGCAGCACGUCAUCGUCUUCACUGCCACCAAGUACGAGGACCGGCACGCCAAGUGGGACACGAACCAGGCGGGCUUCAGCCACAGCCACCAGCAUGGCUUCGGCCUGCUCAACGCCUGGAGGCUGGUGAACGCUGCCAAGAUCUGGGAGUCCGUGCCCUACCUGGCCUCGUACGUGAGCCCCGUGCUGAAGGAGGGCAGGAGCAUCCCUGUGCUGCCGCAGGAGCUGGAGGUGGCCUGGAACGUCACCCCUGCUGACCUGGAGCUGUCGGGGAUGAGGACCCUGGAGCACGUGGCUGUCACUGUGACCAUAACCCACCCUCGCCGUGGCAACCUGGAGAUCCGGCUCUUCUGCCCCAGCGGGAUGAUGUCCCUGAUCGGGACCACCCGGAGCAUGGACUCGGACCCCAAUGGCUUCUCCGACUGGACCUUCUCCACGGUGCGGUGCUGGGGUGAGGAGGCACAGGGCAGCUACAGGCUGCUCAUCAGGGACAUCGGAGAUGAGAGCCUGAGGCCCGGCACCUUGAGGCAGUGGCAGCUGACCCUGUACGGCUCCUCCUGGUCCCCAGCAGAGAUGAAGGAGCGGCAGAGGCUGCUGGAGGAGGCCAUGAGUGGGCAGUACCUGAGCGGUGACUUCUCCCUGCCCUGUCCCCCAGGGCUGGACAUCCCCGAGGAGCAGCGUUACACCAUCACAGCCAACACCCUCAAGACCCUCCUGCUCUUGGGAUGCUUUGCCGUGUUCUGGACUUUCUACUACAUGCUGGAGGUUUGCCUGACGAGGAACGAGGUGGGGCUGGACCUGGCGUGCUCCAGCCCCACCAGCUGCAGGUGGUACCAGCAGGGCAGCAAGCACCGAGCCCUGGAGAGCGGCCUGGAGAUGGAGUCGGUGCCGCUGUACCGGGAGAAGGACGUGGAGGAGGCCGAGAUGGAGUGUGAGCACCUGGAGCCUGCCCAGGAUGGGGAGGAGGGGUCCUGGACCCCCACCCACCCCAAACUUUCCAGCAAUGGCAGAGCUGUGAGCUUCCAUGAGGCAACCCCCGCUGGAACGGGAUUCCUGGGCCGGGAGGCAUCGACUGAACUCCUGGGGGAGGACAGGGAGCACCAGCCCUGCUGACUGGGGCUGGGGCUGGGCUGGGGCCCUCCCUUGGUACGACCUUCCCGGGCUCGGGCAGCACAGACUCGUUCCUGAGCCUCCAUGGAUCCACUGUGACCUGCGGGAGGUGGUGCUGGACGUGGCUCAGGAACAAGGACAGAGUGCCGGUACUGGAAAGGGAGCUUCCCUUCCCUCCUUCUGGAAAACAAAGCAAGCCUUAAACCCUUUCCUGGUGGAGCCUGCCCUGCCGGACGCUCGGGGCUCCCCGUGGUGUGUGCAGUGCCAUUCCUGCGCUGCAGCAGGGCCAAGACAAAGUGUCACUUGGUCCCUGAUUUCUGCAGAGCGAGCCUGGAAAGUGAGACAAGGCCCCAGCAGCCACCUCUGCAGGCAGGGACCCCGCAGCACUGGUGUUUUCCCCGGCUGGCAGCCGGCCCCUACCCACCAGUUAUCCCAGUUUAGAAGCAGGGAGUUACUUCACUCAUCUCCAACCAGCGCUUCUCCCUGCCCCCCCGUGCUGUGAUCCUGCUGAUUCCUCCUCUCCUGUGGGCACAGAGCAGCUGUGGGGUGGGGGAGGCAGGGACCAACCUGUUUGGGGGCAGCAUGGGGCUGUCCCUGUGUCACUGGGCACGCUCUGGUAGCAGGUAGGCCUGGUGUGGGCUGGGCAGGGGAGGUUCAGUUGCCCUGGCAGUGGCUCGUCUGAGCAGGGUUGGCUUGUUCACAUGGCUUUGGGUUCCGUGGUUUAUUUUUUUAACGCCGGGGUUUGUUUUUUUAAUCAGCAAAGCCCUUUUGUGUAGCUUUCCAAAUAAAGCCUG